AAACAAAAUAGAAGAAGAAGAAGAAGAAGCAGAACGUGAACGGAUAGUGCUUUAGUUUGUUUACAUCGUAAAUAUAAAAUGUCACAAUUACAGUUGUUGAAUGUGUUUAUUACCGAACGAUUAACAGCGGUAGCUAUGGAGAUAUCCGUUGUACUUGAACAAAAUAUAGACGAGUACCUGGAAGAAAUCUCCCGUUCAAAUGAGGAGAACAAACGUCUACAGAGCCUGUUGGAUUUGGCUUUCAACUCCGAAAUAAAGUUACACCGCGAAGACUCCCAGCAGCUCUCUCUUCCUGUCUCUGAAGAGGAGGUUCCACAUGAGCAGCAGCAGCACUGUGAGCAGGAGAGGAGCCCCAGUCAGGGGCAGGAGGACCCAGAGCCCACACAGAUUAAAGAGGAACAGGAGGAAGUCAGGACCAGUCAAGAGGAGGACCAGCCUCAAGGGCUGGAACCUGAUAUCAAAGAAAUCUUAAUCCCUGCCUGUGUGAAAAGUGAUUAUGAACAGGACCCACCUCUGCCCUCAUAUCUUGACCAAACCUUGGAGAACAGAGAGAGAGACUCUCUACCCACCAACACAACUGAACAGAUCAAAACAGAACCUGAUGGAGAGGAUUACAGCAUAUCAGAACCAACCAGUGACUCUCAGCUCCUCUCUGAAGCCCAGGGAGGAAACAUAGAAGAACGUGUUGAUGGGAUGGAGAGACCCAUUCCCCCUCCCUUCUCUCCAGACUCCCAGCAGCCCUUUCUCCCUGUCUCUAAAGAGGAGGUUCCCCCAGAGCAGCAGGAGAGAAGCCCCAGGCUGGGUCUGGAGGACCCAGAGCCCACAAAACAAGAGGAACUCUGGACGAAUCAGGAGGAACAGCAGCUGGAAUCUGACAGCAGAGUAUCAGAACCAACCAGUGACUGUCAGUUCCUCUCUGCAGUAAAUCCAGACUGUUCUGCGGCUCAGAGUGGAAACAGAGUAUCAGAACCAACCAGUGACUCUCAGCUCCUCUCUGCAGUAAAUCCAGACUGUUCUGCAGCUCUGGGUGAAAACAGAGUAUGUGUUGAUGGGGCAGUGGAGAUGCUUAUUCUUAUUCUCCUCCCUCCAGACUCCCAGCAGCUCCCUCUCCCUGUCUCUGAAGAGGAGGUUCCCCCUGAACAGCAGCACUGUGAGCAAGAGAGGAGCCCCAGUCAGGGGCAGGAGGACCCAGAGCCCACACAGAUUAAAGAGGAACAGGAGGAACUCAGGACCAGUCAAGAGGAAGACCAGCCUCAAGGUCUGGAGUCUGAAUUCAGAGUAUUAGAACCAACCAGCCUCUGCAGAGUUUUAGAACCAACUAGUCUUUACAAAGAAUUAGAAUCAACGUCUGUAGCAAAUCCAGACUGUUUUGCAGCUAAGAGUGAAAAGAUAGAAGAAUAUGUUGAUGGGUUGGAGAGACCCAUUCUACCUUCGAACCCUCCAGAACUCCCUGUCUUUGAAGAGGAGGUUCCCCCUGAGCAGCAAGAGAGGAGCCCCAGUCUGCAGCAGGAGGACCCAGAGCCCACAAAGGUUAAAGACAAACGGGAGGAAUUUGGGACCAGUCAGGAGGAAGAGCAGCUUUACAUUGGGCUAUCAGAAUCAACAAGCCUUUGUAGAGUAUCAGAACCAACUCUCUCUGCAGCAAAUCCAGACUGUUCUGAAGCCCAGGGAGGAAACAUGGAAGAACGUGUUGAUGGGAUGGAGAGACCCAUUCCCCCUCCCUUCUCUCCAGACUCCCAGCAGCCCUUUCUCCCUGUCUCUAAAGAGGAGGUUCCCCCAGAGCAGCAGGAGAGAAGCCCCAGGCUGGGUCUGGAGGAACCAGAGCCCACAAAACAAGAGGAACUCUGGACGAAUCAGGAGGAACAGCAGCUGGAAUCUGACAGCAGAGUAUCAGAACCAACCAGUGACUCUCAGCUCCUCUCUGCAGUAAAUCCAGUCUGUUCUGCAGCUCAGAGUGAAAACAGAGUAUCAGAACCAACCAGUGACUCUCAGCUCCUCUCUGCAGUAAAUCCAGUCUGUUCUGCAUCUCAGAGUGAAAACAGGGUAUCAGAACCAACCAGUGACUCUCAGCUCCUCUCUGCAGUAAAUCCAGUCUGUUCUGCAUCUCAGAGUGAAAACAGGGUAUCAGAACCAACCAGUGACUCUCAGCUCCUCUCUGCAGUAAAUCCAGACAGUUCUGCAGCUCAGAGUGAAAACAGAGUAUCAGAACCAACCAGUGACUCUCAGCUCCUCUCUGCAGUAAAUCCAGACGGUUCUGCAGCUCAGAGUGAAAACAGAGUAUCAGAACCAACCAGUGACUCUCAGCUCCUCUCUGCAGUAAAUCCAGACGGUUCUGCAGCUCAGAGUGAAAACAGAGUAUCAGAACCAACCAGUGACUCUCAGCUCCUCUCUGCAGUAAAUCCAGACGGUUCUGCAGCUCAGAGUGAAAACAGAGUAUCAGAACCAACCAGUGACUCUCAGCUCCUCUCUGCAGUAAAUCCAGACGGUUCUGCAGCUCAGAGUGAAAACAGAGUAUCAGAACCAACCAGUGACUCUCAGCUCCUCUCUGCAGUAAAUCCAGACGGUUCUGCAGCUCAGAGUGAAAACAGAGUAUCAGAACCAACCAGUGACUCUCAGCUCCUCUCUGCAGUAAAUCCAGACGGUUCUGCAGCUCAGAGUGAAAACGGUAAAGUUCAUCAGAGUCCCAGCACUUCUUCAGAACAAGAUUCUAGUAACGUGGAAUCAAAUGAAGCAUCUAGUUUCUCCACCUGGAGUGAGGAAAACAUCUCCGUAACAGACAGAAACUCUUCAGACAGUAGCUCCUGCACUAAAGAAGAGUCUGAGGCACGUAAACCAGUGAAGAGAACAUGCCAUUCUAGUGGUGUGGUGAACGAACCAUCUGAUUUGUCCAACUUAUGUGAUGAAAACAACCCGGGGACUGAGAUCAGCCCUUCAGACGGCAACAAAGAGAAGAACAUCCAAACAGACUCUGGGGCUCAUUAUCCAGCUAAGAGGAUCUGUCAGAGGGUGCAGAGUGCUUCACCAGAGGUUGUGUGCAGUAGGGUGACUACCCCAUCAGCAGCUCCAAGCUCCACACACGUCAUACCAAUGUCUGUAGCCGACAGUAGAAGAUCUAAGAAACGGUGUUGUCGGUACUGUGGAAAGGCUUAUGUUAAAAUCGCGAGACACGUGCGGAUUGUGCAUCGGGAUGAAGUGGAUGAGGCCAAGGCCUUCAGCUUCAGAAAGAAGUCCAGACAGAGAAAAGUCUUACGUCUUCUGAAUAAAAAGGGAGGCUUUGUGCGUAAUGCUGCCGUAGCAAGACGUGGGAGUGGAGAGAUGGCCUCCUGUUCCCGUCCCAAAGUGCUAGGAUCUACUCCAUGUUACACCCACUGCUUGCACUGUCAAGGUCUGUACAUUCGAGAGUCACUACGGAAGCAUGUCAGAUACUGCCCUCUGAACCCCAAAGCUGAAAAACCAAAACCUGGACCAAAGAUGAGGAUUCAGUCAGCAAUGGCGUUUAAGAUGUGUGCUCAACCCGACUACGUCAGCACAGGUCUUUGGAAGAUCGUUUGUGGUAUGAACUCCGACCGAGUUUCAUUUGUGGUGAGAAAUGACAAAUGUAUCCUCCUCAUGGGAGAGGAGCUGUACAACAAACUACAGCCAGAUGACAGAAGAAACGGAUACAUUCAGCAAAGAAUGAGAGAGGUGGCAAGACUCCUCAUCACGGCCAGGACGUGUACACCUCUGAUGUGCUUUGAGGACUUGGUCAUACCUAGUAAUUUACCUCACGUCAUCACGGCAGUGAGAGCUGUUGCUGGCUACAACGUGGAGAACAAAACGUACGACCGUCCGACGCUGGCUGUUCAAAUGGGAUACAACUUAAUGAACAUUGGCAGCGCUGUGGAAUCCUGUGCAUUGACGUCAGGACGACACAAAGUCGCGGAGUCUGCUGGCAAAUUCAAAAGUUUCAACUGGAAUGAGGUUGUUUUGGCUGGAGCAAUGACCACUCUCAGUGAACCCCAAAAUAAAUGUCCACCGCCGACCCCUGUCACACAGGCGCCUGGCCAGCCGACCCGUCGCACAGGCACCCAGCCGACCCGUCGCACAGGCACCCAGCCGACCCGUAGCACAGGCACCCAGCCGACCCGUCGCACAGGCACCCAGGCGACCCGUAGCACAGGCACCCAGGCGACCCGUAGCACAGGCACCCAGAAGACCCGUAGCACAGGCACCCAGAAGACCCGUAGCACAGGCACCCAGAAGACCCGUUGCACAGGCACCCAGAAGACCCGUAGCACAGGCACCCAGAAGACCCGUAGCACAGGCACCCAGAAGACCCGUAGCACAGGCACCCAGAAGACCCGUAGCACAGGCACACAGACGACCCGUCGCACAGGCACCCAGGCGACCCGUAGCACAGGCACCCAGGCGACCCGUAGCACAGGCACCCAGGUGACCCGUAGCACAGGCACCCAGGCGACCCGUAGCACAGGCACCCAGGCGACCCAAAGAAACAUUGUGAGAUUAAAGAGGAUCGUUGAUGAGGGAGCAGCAGUAGAGAGACACAUAAUGCCGUUCAUAAAAAGUUACCAAGUUCCUGAAAAGAGGGACAGCCUCAAAUGCCUCCAGUCAGAACCUGUGGAGCUCAAAAGCAGAAACUGGUCGGGCAUUAAGUUCUAUGUGAAUAGAGUCAAACAGAGACGGAGUGCUGCAAGGAAUUCAGAGGGCAGCACCCCUGACCUGGACUCAAACUCAGGUCCAGAGACUGGCAACCCAACACCUUAGCCAAACAAAAUGUUAUUGUUCUUUGACUCAAUAAUUGGUGCAUUCUGGGUGUGCUAUAAAGUUCAGAAGUUAUGGGCAGAGUUAGAAAUCUGACUGUCAAGAGGUUUUACAAUGUAAGUUUACUUUGAAUCCGUCUAUAUGCAUAUUUCAAGACAUGGCAUAUGGGGGUGCCUGAGUUGGACAAUAUUAUUUUACUUAAAUACUGGAAGUGAAAUUAUACUCCAACAUUAAGAAAAUGGAAGAAUCAAACAUUUUAUUAUUUUAAAAUAUUGAAUACAAUCUUUCUACAGACAGAAACAUGACGAUUUGAAGUCGUGGGAAAAUGGCCCCCUUUUUUAAACUUGUUUUUCAACCCCUGAGAAACACCGUUACUGAAGCGUCCCUGGAGCAGACUUGGGAUUCAAACCAGUCACUUUCCAGUUGCAGGUCUGCCUCUCAGGACAUGAUCAAUUAAAUGUUACCUGGUUAAAACCAUUUACUACAACUUCUACAUUACAAACUGUUUUCCUUAGCUCGCUGAAUAACCUAGUGUUGGACUACGGUUAGCAAAAAUCACAGGUUUUCCACAAAUCCUGGUUGAAAUGUUCACAGAAUCAGAAGGGGUUUUAAGCAUGAAAUCCGGAAUCCUCCAUCCAGGAUUUCCGGAAUACCUGUGAGUUUCGGGAGAGAUAGCAGGGUUUCCGGAAUACCUGUGAGUUUCGGGAGAGAUAGCAGGGUUUCCGGAAUACCUGUGAGUUUCGGGAGAGAUAGCAGGGUUUCCGGAAUACCUGUGAGUUUCGGGAGAGAUAGCAGGGUUUCCGGAAUACCUGUGAGUUUCGGGAGAGAUAGCAGGGUUUCCGGAAUACCUGUGAGUUUCGGGAGAGAUAGCAGGGUUUCCGGAAUACCUGUGAGUUUAGGGAGAGAGAGCAGGAUUUCCGGAAUACCUGUGAGUUUAGGGAGAGAGAGCAGGAUUUCCGGAAUACCUGUGAGUUUAGGGAGAGAGAGCAGGAUUUCCGGAAUACCUGUGAGUUUAGGGAGAGAGAGCAGGAUUUUGCAACCCCAGUUGGGCUCUAUUAAAGUUACUAUUGAAUGAUCAUCUUUGUGAAAUCUUUAUUGAUGGAGCUGAAUACUGCUUCCUACAUGGUCACUUUUAUGAUAGAAUUGGGCAGGACUCAAUCAUUUUGCCAUUAUAGAGAGAUAUAUAUAUAUUUGUAACAUCCCAAUUUAAUGUCUGGUGUAUUUCACAUUACUCCACAACUUCAUUUGGUGUCGACUUAGGGAGAUAGGCUUACAAUAUGUGCCAAUGUUACCCUAAAUUACUUACUUUUAUUUUCCACAA